AUGGAUAGUCACGACCUCGAAAAGCUCAUAUCGCAAUGCAAGUCUUCUGACGUAGACGCGAAGAUCGACGCGGUCACCAAGUUACAAAAACUGUUCGAGACUGGCUUGUCAGACGCAGACGGACUCGUCAACGCGCUCAAGGCAUGUCUUCGGACAUCCAACCAACAUUUAACAUCAGCCACGCUUGCCGCUCUUCCUCCCUUCUUUCCAUUGAUAACAACAGGCAAACUCAAUGAUCCGGAUGACUCCGUCGAUGUCCAUAUUCUGCGUCAGAUACUGACUGCAUUUCUGCCCAGCGGUGGGCUACUUGACCGUCUCGGUGACAGGAGCGAACGUUCUCGCGAGAAGGCACGAGAGUCGAUGGUUGUCUUGGGAGGGCUGGCAUUACGCAACUCGCCAUCGUUGUUGUCUCUAUCGGCGUCUUCCAAAAGCAGAGAUGCUGGGAAAGGUCCUGAGACGCCUUUAAUGAUCUGGGAGCGGUGCCUACGUGAAGGUGGCCUGCAAAGCAAAGUUUGGAGGGUUCGAGAACAGGCUAUACUUACGCUUGUGGAUGUGCGUCGUGUUCAUCCGAUGCUCCCACUCAAACCCUACCUUUUGCCGUUAGUUGAGCUUCUUGAAGACACAGAUGGAACUGUACGGGAAAGCGCUCGUCAAGCUGUGGUGGAGCUUUUCACUGGUCCAACUGUCACCGAUGCAGCUCGCGCAGAUUUGAAGAAGGAGAUGACGAAGAAGAACGUUCGCAAGACAAUCGUGGACUCGGUGCUCCAGAAGCUUAUGUCCGGUGGAACGCGUCCAGCCUCAGCGGCAGGCAGUCAUGGACAUAGCGAAGCAGGCUCUGAACCGAGUGAACCACCAGCGAAGAAAGGGUAUAUUCCACCGAGCCUCAAACUUCAGGGAAGACAACCGACUUCCUCAACGACACACAGUACUUUGAGCGGGUCAGGCAGCAAAGCGACGAGCAUUGCUGAUAUAACUAGCCGGCCAGCCAGUCGUCUUGGUGGUGACCUUCCUGCAACUCCGGUAGCGGAGCCUAGCGAUGUGGCCGCGGUAUAUGUCGCAUCUGUAAAGGAUCUUGAAGAUGAGUUUACCGGCAUGUUAAAACACUUUGAGGGUAAAGAAACCGAGCACAACUGGGCGGGUCGUGAAAGAUCAAUACAACGAGUCCGAGGUAUGCUGAAAGGCGAAGUGCACAUUCGAUAUUUCGAUACGUUUCUUGGUUGCCUUAAGGCGGAUUUUAUUGAUGCAUCUUUCAAAACGCUCGCAAGCCUCAGGACAACCGUGGCCGUCAAUACGUGUCAUUUAUAUUCGGAAAUGGCAACUUCAUUGGGCUCCGCCAUGGACGGUUUCUGCGAAGCAAUCUUGACGCGCCUAAUCAGCAUGGCCUCGCUCACAAAGAAGAUAGUCGCAAUUCAAUCUCAACAGGUCGCAGACGUCGUCGUGACAAACACAACACCACAUCCGAAAAUGUAUCUGAAUCUCAUCUGGCAUGCAGUGCAGGACAAAAAUAUUUCGUCCCGCCAAUACGGCAUCAAUCAUCUGAAAGUGUUUUUGGAAAUACAUGGACAACGCUGCAAACACAUUAUAGAGACGGGCGGCUCACAAGACGUUUUGGAGAAAAUCUUCAAGAAGGCUCUGGGAGACAGCAAUCCGGGAGUUCGUGAGAGUGCACGAUCAACCUUUUGGGCCUUUGAGGGUAUCUGGCAGGAAAGAGGAUCAGUUUUAAUGGCUUCUCUCGAUGCAACGGCAAAGAAGCAGCUAGAGAAAGCAUGCCCUGAAGCAGGUAGGGUGACUGUGCCGGUCACUCCACAAGUCAAGAAGAGCAGUGUUGCCGCUGCAAUAGCCGCGAGUCGUGCAAAGGCAAAAGCAAUUGCCAACGCUCCUCCAUCAUUACGCCACCAAGCAACAUCAGCGUCUCAUAUACUUCAAAGAUCAACGUCACCUACGCCAAGGUCGCUAUCGCUAUCCCAGUCCACACCGUCUCCGAAGGAAGGCCUUUACACCAUACGCAGGCCUUCCGGUACUCGACCGCUAUCCCCGUUAUCCCCUCCAGCUCGGAAAUCGACAUCUUUCUCACCUACAUCAAGUUCUUCCGGAUAUCCUGUAUCCCCUGCAGUACAUAAUCGCACGCGCUCGACCGAAGUACCAGCGUCACCUAGUGCAGUCCAUAGGCGCUUUGCAUCUGCACAACUCAGUCCUCCCUCGUCACCUUCCGCUCGCGACUCUUCGGAGACUACGGCAAGGGCUGGUUUGCCACCUCGUAACAGUUUGGAUGGUGCUUUUGCGCUCCCGCCAUCUCCAACACGCCAACACAGGUCAAGGGUACCUUCUUCACCUACUAGGAUACCAUCUCCUACUAGACUAUCACAUGCUGGGCGAAGAUCUGACAUUCGCACUUCCCUCUUUUCAUUUGCGAACAGCACCCAGAAUAUGAAUGGGGCGGACCAAUCUUUACUCCUUGCUCAAAGUAUACCGCUUCCACAGGACAGCGACUCGGACGACGAUUCCCAUAUGAUGUCCUUCUCGACCCCCUUCGAGAAGUAUCAUAUCUCCGCCCCAAAGACCAAUACUUCGAGUCUCUCGGCUGGAUCGCCUCCGGCAAGUGCUCCCAAGCCUAUCGUCGAAGACGCUCUUCGUGCUAGAGCAGAGCAGGCAGAAAGUGCUGCAGAACGACUUUUGGAGCUGAAUGAGCCUGAUGACGAGACUUCCAUUUCUCCCAUACCUCCCUCACUUCUUCGAUCGAACGGCGACACUCCUAAGGCGAGCGCUCCGCUGAAACCGAGGUCUCUCGACUUGACACCGUCAACACCGACCAACAAGAAAACAGCUCUCCUUCGCCAAGCCGCUUCGUUUAAAGAUAGUCCUGCAAACAAGAAAUCAUCGUCGCUAGUGGAUAUCCUGCGCGAACGCAAGCAUGAGACUGGCUGGUGGUUGAAGCGCAUAUCUCUCAUUGAUAAAGGGAGUCCCUUGAAGGGAAGUGAUCAGGACACCCUGUUCAAGGAGCUGAAGCAGUGUAUAUCUGACUUAGAAGAUGGCAUGGCGGAUGCUUCCACGCUGAAGAAGCUAGCCUUGCUGUGUUCUGAUAAUCCAGUUCACGACGAUUCACUUGACAUGGACCGAACGAUGUGGAGUAAAGAGAGGAUAUUUGAUCGGAUGUUCGAUGCAUUGAUGAAGUUUUUGACACCAGAGAAGACUGAAGAGGAGCUCGAGUAUGGCUUGAUUGCACUCUGGGAAAUCCUUGAAAGCCAAGCACCGCUCGCCGAGGGUCGUGAGGCAGAAGUCUUUACUCAUUUAUUACAGAUUAGAUUCUGUAACAGUAUAAAUGUACUGGAGGCUACGAACACCAUUCGAGAUGCACUUGUUGCCCGCAUUGAUCCGGUCUACGGAUUAACGAUGUUGCACGCUAGUUUACGCACCUUCCGCGCGGAACCUCUGGUCGACACCGCAAAGCAAGAGGAAAAGUCGGCGUCAUAUGCAUUCGGCUUGAUUGCGCUCGGUAAAUUUAUUCUACGUUUACCAGCUGAGGUCUUGGAAGAUGAACUUUCUCGUCUGAAGACGACCUUAACAACUGCAUUGAGCGAUACGACUUCCCUUGUCGUUCGUGAGUCCGCAGCGACAUGUAUAAUCGCUUCUCAGCUCGUCUUGCGCGACGAAACGCAUCUCUUCACCCUCCUGGACGGUCUUCCAGACGAAAAGAAGAACCUUCUUACAUAUCUUUUUGAUAAGCAUGGUGCGCGUGGGAACAAAGAGGCGAGCGGAACCGAGAGGCUGGAGAAAGAGAUGCGGCGUUUGGACGGUCGUACGAACACGCCUCCACGACCAAAAUGA